AUGGCUAUGCAGAUGCAGCUUGAAGCAAAUGCAGAUACUUCAGUGGAAGAAGAAAGUUUUGGCCCACAACCUAUUUCACGGUUAGAGCAAUGUGGCAUAAAUGCAAAUGAUGUGAAGAAAUUGGAAGAAGCUGGAUUCCAUACUGUGGAGGCUGUUGCCUAUGCACCAAAGAAGGAGCUAAUAAAUAUUAAGGGAAUUAGUGAAGCCAAGGCUGAUAAGAUUCUGGCUGAGGCUGCUAAAUUAGUUCCAAUGGGUUUCACCACUGCAACUGAAUUCCACCAAAGGCGUUCAGAGAUCAUACAGAUUACUACUGGCUCCAAAGAGCUGGACAAAUUACUUCAAGGUGGAAUAGAAACUGGAUCUAUCACAGAGAUGUUUGGAGAAUUCCGAACUGGGAAGACUCAGAUCUGUCAUACACUGGCUGUAACAUGCCAGCUUCCAAUUGACCGAGGUGGAGGUGAAGGAAAGGCCAUGUACAUUGACACUGAGGGUACCUUUAGGCCAGAACGCCUGCUAGCAGUGGCUGAGAGGCUUCAGAAAAUCCUUAUUCCCUGUAGGUAUGCACUGCUUAUUGUAGACAGUGCCACCGCCCUUUACAGAACAGACUACUCAGGCCGAGGUGAGCUCUCAGCCAGGCAGAUGCACUUGGCCAGGUUUCUGCGGAUGCUUUUGCGGCUUGCUGAUGAGUUUGGUGUAGCAGUGGUAAUCACCAACCAGGUGGUAGCCCAGGUGGAUGGAGCAGCCAUGUUUGCUGCAGAUCCCAAAAAACCUAUUGGAGGAAACAUCAUCGCCCAUGCAUCAACAACCAGACUGUACCUGAGGAAAGGAAGAGGGGAAACCAGAAUCUGCAAAAUCUACGACUCUCCUUGUCUUCCUGAAGCUGAAGCUAUGUUUGCCAUAAAUGCAGAUGGAGUGGGAGAUGCCAAAGACUGAAUCACUGGUUUUUCCCUUGUGAUUACCUUAAGCUCUGCAUCCUAAUGGAGAGGACUAUUCUCUGGGGUUCUUCACAGACCUCUUCCUGUUGUGGCUGCCAGGAAAAACAGCUAUUGUAUCAGCUUCUCUAAUGGUAUGAACAGGACACAGGUCAGUAGUCAUAAACUGAUCUGAAAUGUUUAUUCCUUCUGGAGUGCAUUAAUGGCUGAUUUCUUUGGAUUUGGAGGAGAGAUGUGAAAUACCUUUGACAUAGUGCCUUGAGAUUGACUCAGAUCUAAUAGCUGUCUGCUGGAAAUCUUAUCUCUCUGAGAGAACUAAAGCUGGGGAGACCUGCCCCUUCUCUAUACCUGAGGUUCAUAUGUAGC